AUGCUGCACCAAGAUUUGGAACGACAUGUUAAUCCUGUUGAACCAGACCACCAUCCUUUCGCAGUCGGCAAUAAGAAUGUGGGGUUGGGGUUCAACCCAUUGACACAGGAGCAUGUUAUUGUGGAAAUGUUCUAUCACAUUAAGGACUACCAAUCUCGUCGGUAUUACUUAUCAUGCUCAGUGACUGACUGUGACUCUCGGAACGUCCAGCAGCUCCCUCCACCUCCUCUUCCUGUGAACGACAUGCCUUCUGCCUAUUUGGAAGGGAUGUUAUACUGGAUGAGCGAACCAAGGUUGGGUCUAAAUCAUGAACGGGCCAUUGUCUCUUUCAACAUUGCCACAAGGAUGUUUGAUGUCAUCCCUUGCCCUUCAAGAAUUGCGAGAUCAUGGGAUAGCCAAAGCCCUCGCCGCGCAUUUGUAGCAGAGCUUGAGGGGGUGUUGUGCGCUGUUCUUGCAAACCCAGUUAGAGAUGAGUUAUGCAUGUGGACAUGGGAGCAUGGUCAGUGGGAUAGAUCAUAUACAAUCUACUUGAAGUCCUGCCUCGACUAUUCCCUUGGAACAAAUAUUGUGGUGCCUUGGGCUAUUGACCCAACAGAUGGGAGGAUCCUACUAAAUACUGGUAGGAGGCUAGGUUUCUACGAUCCAUUGAAGCGGGAAGUUGAAAACUAUAUUGCACUUGAUCAAGUGCCACUUCUAAAAUGGAAAGAGCAAACUCUGUGCCCUGGAGCUGGAGAUCAGAUGCCACUUGAUCAGCCCUCUAGUUCUAGUACUUCGCCAGGGAAGAAUUUGUCGCACUCCAUAGACCGAUCUGAGGAGCUGAAUGGAAUGAGCUGUAACCUUUCGCCCCUGGUUCCAAUGCUAUAUGAGGAGAGUCUAGCAUAUUAUCGCACUCCUGGGAGAGCAAGAAUUCUGCAGGCGCUCCCAAUUUGA